UUUACAAUACUUUGUUGUAAGUUUAAUUGUGUAAACUAAAGUUAUUUAAGUUUAUGCAAAUAUUUUUGGACCAGAUUUGACAACUAGAGACGCGUUUUUCUUUACAUUUACCGCCUAUGCUUUCGAGAGAACGCAUUAGGACGAUCAGGACGACACACGGUUGGAGAAGGAUUUUUGCUUAUGAUGCGGCAGUCCACGCGCUGUGUAAUAAUGAGUUGACGAUAGAAACCAAGCACGUGCACAAGCCGUGAGUGGAUUGUCGUUCCAUGCUCCGUGUAACCGCAUCUUAAGAAUUUUGUUAUCUUUGGAAUGAUACCUCACUCGACUUUUUCUAAUAUUUUUUAGGUUUUUUAGGGUUCUCCUCCGGUUUAGUCCUUCAAAACGCAAUGUUAACAAAAUCCGUUUUUAGUGUGCCUCCAUGUAGCCUUAAGAUUUUAUUCAGAUCCACCCAAUCCAUUCAAUUGCUUCACCUGUUCGUUGAUCAUUGCUAUACAUAUAGAGAGAUAUACAAAAAUAUAUAAUUUGCUAAAGUUAUAUCACAAACUCACAAAAAACUAAAAAGUGUAAAGAUGUCUCUACCAGAUAAUUUAUACGUAUGUCAACUGUAAUCAACUUAUCAGUUCCCAAAAAAAUACUGUAGAGGUAUAGAAUACAACUUAAAUUCUUAAGGUUUACAUUCAAACGUAGUUUACCUCUAUUUACAAUACUUAUUUAAACUUCUUCGUUUACGGUUGUGAUAUAAUAGAAACCAUACAUUACUAAAUUCAGAAUGAAACCGUUCGAAUUAGUCGUGAUUUGUAUUCUACUAGUGAGUACAUCUUGGGCAGCUGAAAAUUACGACGACAUACCCGCUGAUUGUACUCUAACUGGUAAUUCCUUGGAUCCUCUAGAUUCAAUAGUAUCCAAUUGUACAGAGAUUUUGGUAAAGGAUUUCGAAGUGCCUGCUGGUCGUAAUUUAACCAUAGAACCACAAGAUGGUACCACAAUAGUAUUUUCAGGACGCAUUACUAUUGGUUACAAAGAAAUGAGGGGGUCCCUUAUUAUAAUUAGGGGCAACAAUUUGACAGUUAUCGGAGCUCCAGGACAUAUUUUCGAUUGUGAUGGAGCCAGAUGGUGGGAUGGACUUGGCGGAGGGGGUGGAAAACUAAAACCAAAAUUCUUUAGGAUUCAAAACGUCACUAAUUCAAUUUUUAAAGACCUAAAUAUUAAAAAUACGCCCACCCAGUGCUUCUCAAUUAACGGCUGCCAGAAUGUGACCUUAACAAAUAUCACCAUAGAUGAUUCGGAUGGUGAUAAACAAGGAGGUCACAACACUGAUGCUUUUGACACGUCAUCAUCGAAAAGGGUUACAAUAAUGAAUUCUCGUAUUUUUAAUCAAGAUGAUUGCCUUGCUGUCAAUUCCGGAAGUGAUCACGUAUUCAUAAAUAACACUUGCUCAGGAACUCACGGAAUUUCCAUUGGGUCUGUCAGAAACGCGGUUGUUGAAAACAUUUUUGUUAAGAAUUGUACCGUAGUAAACUCUGGUACUGGUGUACGCAUCAAGACAGUAUUCAACACUACCGGAAUUGUAAGAAAUAUUACGUAUGAAGAUAUUACUCUAAAGAAUAUUAGAGAUUUCGGUAUAACCAUCCGUGGCGAUUACGUAAAUAAUGGAACAACUGGCCCUCCAUUACCAGGCUUUAACAUAUCUGACAUUACCCUCCGAAAUAUUCAUGGUAGUGUCGAAAGCCGUGGUACCAAUGUUUUCGUCCUGUUGGCGGAUGGAGUGGCAUCACAUUGGACGGUAGAAAGUAUUGAUGUUCAUGGAGGACGUAGACGACCUAACUGUACUGGAAUACCAAUUGACAGUGGAUUGAAAUGUGAAGAUUAUAAUGGAAAAUGA